GUGACUUCAGAAUAAACACGUCCAGAAAUCACCCUCUAUGAAUCACUUACCUACUGAAAGAAACGUCCUGUGGGUUUAUAGGUUUUUAUCCAGGCUCUAGCUAUGGAAAAUCUCAGCAGAGAAUAAACGACAGAGAGUAAGUGCAUGCAGUGAAGGACAACAGAAGUGAACGGAUAUUUAGAGCAACAUCAAAGUCCCGAUUUGUUCCCUUGGAGCUGGAUAUUUCAAUAAAAGCUGCUAAGAAUCUGUUUUUUUCUGCCAAGUCCAGAAUUCAUCUCUCUCCUAUUUUGCUAUGGAGGAGGGAUCCACUGAGGAGUUUCUCUUCAAAGACCAGGACUUCUCUUCUGAACUGCUGAGGCAGCUGAAUGCUCUGCGGCAGAGUGGGAUGCUUACUGAUGUUACUCUCUGCUCUGGGGGCUUCGAAAUCCCCUGCCACCGAAAUGUGCUGGCUUCCAGCAGUCCAUACUUCAAGGCGAUGUUCUGUAAUGACUUCAGAGAGAGUCGCCAGGCUAAAGUCAUCCUGAAGGGCAUCGACGCUGAGGUUUUGGAUCAGAUUAUCCUUUACGUUUACACAGGGGAGAUUCUUAUAUCCACUGAGAAUGUCCUGUGCCUCUUGGAGACGGCCUCCAUGCUGCAGUAUGCUAAGCUGUUUGAGGCCUGCUCUGCCUACCUCCAAGACAAGCUGACUCCUGACAACUGUCUGAGCAUGAUCAGACUGGCAAAAGUCUUGAACUGCCAAAACCUGAGCAAGAAAGCCAAGGCUAUGGCUUUGAAAUGCUUUCCUGAGGUGGCCUCUUCUGAGGACCUGAAGGACCUUUGUCCCUUGGAGCUCAUUGAUUACCUUGGGGAUGAUGAGCUCUGCGGGGAGGAGGAGCAGGUCUUUGAGACACUGAUGGUCUGGAUCAGGCAUGACAUCCAGGCAAGACAAGGCUACAUCCAAGAGUUGUUCAAGAAGGUCCGGCUUCAGUACGUCCAUCCAACUUUCCUCUUCCACUUCAUUGCCAAUGACUCCCUCGUUCAGUCCUCACCCACUUGCAGGAGCAUCCUUGAGUCAGCCCGGAGACAUAUGUUUUCCUUGUACAGCACCAACGCGCCUGACAUCAAGCCCAUGCUGCAUGUUCCUCGCAGGUACUCCAACCAAGAGUUCCUCAUCAUCAUUGGUGGCAGGAAGGACAGCCAGCAGACCACGAGGGAUGUCCUGCUCUAUGAUGACAAGACAAACCAAUGGCUAAGCCUGGCCAAACUUCCCGUGCGCCUGUACAAAGCUUCUGCAGUGAGCCUACACAGCAAUAUUUAUGUGCUCGGAGGGAUGCCUGUUAGCAAUAAGAAAAGCCCGGUCAGUGAUAAUAUUUACAUUUACUCCCUCAAACUCAAUCAGUGGAGGUUGGCUGAGCACAUGUUAGUUCCACGUUACUCCCACAGAAGCUUGACAUAUAAAAAUUAUAUUUUAUCAUUCGGUGGAAUUGGUGAAAACCAGGAAAUCCUGAAUUCUGUGGAAAGAUACGAUAGCAUCUACAACACCUGUGAGAGCAUGGCAAACAUGCCUGUUGCUGUCCUUCACCCUGCUGUUGCUGCCAAAGAUCAGAGGGUCUACCUCUUUGGGGGAGAAGACAUUAUGCAAAACCCUGUCCGGCUGAUCCAGGUUUACCAUGUCUCCAGGAAUACGUGGUUUCGGAUGGAGACCAGAGUGGUGAAGAAUGUCUGUGCACCAGCUGUCAUGAUCGGAGACCAGAUUAUCAUCGUAGGUGGGUACACCCGGAGAAUAAUUGCUUAUGAUACAAAAGGCAACAAGUUUGUUAAAUGUGCAGACAUGAAGGACAGACGAAUGCAUCAUGGCGCCACUGUCAUCAAGAACAAGCUGUAUGUCACAGGAGGACGAUGUCUCACCGUGGACAAUGUCAUUGAGGACUUGGAUUCCUUGGACUGCUAUGAUCCAGAGACUGACACAUGGACACCAAAGGGAAAAAUGCCACACAAACUCUUUGACCAUGGGUGCCUUACACUCCAGUGUGUCCCCUGCUCUAACCUUCUCUAAACAACCUUUGGUACUUCCCAGGACGUUUUGUGCUUUCCUUCCCAGAAAGGACCCACCUUGCUCUGCAGAGAGCACAUGGGGAAUCCUCAUGGGGUCCCACAAACUCCUGACCUUGAAGGCACCAGCGGUGUUAGUCAUUCCCCGAAUGCUCUGCCAGAAAGGUCAUGAGCUUUGCGCUCAUGCCGUAUUUGCCUGACCAGUAUUGCAUAUGGUGCUGGUAAGUCCAGCCCAGAGGCCUUACCCAGAGUCUCAGCAGAAAACAGGAAAAAGAUACUGGGUAAGAACCUGGUGCAGGUUUUGGCCUUGUACAGACUUUAAAAUGAAAGGUGAAUAGGAAUGCUGGUAUCUCCAGGGAAAGUAAGAUCUGGGUAACCUGCAUUUGUUAGCAUGCGAACUCAGCUGCAUGCCGCGGCCCUUUGCUGCUCGGUGCUGACAAAGCUUUCCAUUUCGAGUGGUGGCAGCGUUUAGAAUAGGAAGCCCCAAGCUCUAGUCUUGUAGCCAGCCCAGCAGCAGCUGCCUGCGUUAGCUAUGGUAGUCAUCUCAUAAGAAAUAAAAUUUUAAUGUUCCUGACAUCAAAUGAGAAAUUAGCAAAAGGCUGAUCUGAACUCUCACAUUGCGCCAAGAUGCAGAUUUGACUUUACUGAGCUACGGCUCUUUCACAGUGCAGGGAAGAUUUUUGUUCCAUAUGCCUGCUUUCCGAAGGAGCAGGAGAAGAUGGGAUGGAAAUGAAGAUUGUCUGCAUCUUCUUUUUCAAGGGAUCUUGGUUUGCAGGGAGCUUGCUUUACCUUUUGCAUCAGGGAUAGCAGUGGGAUUAGUUAAGCCCUUUGCUGAUGGAAUUCCUGAAAUCUGGAAUAGCAGAGAGGACACAUGGAGGAAAGGGGAUGUAAAAGAGAAGAGGUAUUUGGGAGGAACAAUUUUUUUUUCCCUUUCUCCUCUCUCCAAACCACUGGAAAACAGCGAUGAGAGAAAGCCAGUGACAGGAAACCAGCUUUCCAAGAAGAGCAAGUCUAACUCUGCCACUUGGCAAAGCAGCUCUGGCUCCACCAAUAUUUUUGUGGGGUUCUGCCACUAAGUGCAUAUUUUUAAAGGGAGGGGAUUAAUCAUCAGAUACUGAACAGGCUGUGAACUGCUGUGAGGUCAUCAGGCUUGGUAAGAUUGCUGAGAUAGCAAGGAGCUUUAAAGAUAGCACUGAUGACCAUCCAGAGAAAGGAUGGCAGAAACAACACCCCUUUUUCCUCAUAUUUGAA